ACUGUUAUCUACUAUUUUCUGGUUUAUGUAUUUUCAGUAAAUGUAACCAGGUCAGUAGAUGUGACAGCACCGAUUAGGCAAAGGUCGUGUGACAAAGGGUGCUUUCCCGUUACCUCCUUUCCCAAAACACAGUAGGAAGCAAAGGGAGAGCUCAUAGAUUCCAAUUAAGCUGUCAUUAUUCUGCGAGCAUGGCCAAGGAUCUGGUUUACCUGGUGACAGGCGGUUCUGGGUUAAUUGGUGAACAUAUUGUAAAAUUUCUGCACAAAGAAGAAUAUGUGAAAGAAGUGAGGAUUUUUGAUGUUCAUGAAGGUGGAUUUAUUAAACAGUUAGAAGGAGGUCCUGCCAUUACCUUCAUUAAAGGAGACCUUACUAACUAUAACCAAGUUCUGGGAGCUGUCAAAGGUGUUCAUGUUGUCAUUCAUACAGCUGCUCUUGUGGAUGUUUUGGAGGAACAUUCCUUUAAGGAACGUGAGGCUAUAAAUGUUGGAGGGACAGAGAAUGUUAUAAAAGCUUGUCUGGCCUCUGAUGUCCCCUACUUACUGUACACAAGCUCAAUAGCUGCAGUUGGACCAAACACAAAUUUAGAUCCUAUGGUGGGAAUCACAGAAGACACAAUCUAUCAUGGUGAGAAGUUACUGUUUUAUGGUAAAACUAAGAGUCGGGCUGAAAAGUUAACCCUCUCGGCUAAUGGUCAGCAGAUGAGCAAUGGCAAUAAAUUGACUACCUGCUGCAUCCGACCAAGCGGUGUCUAUGGUGAAAAGUCUCCAACUUUUCUGAGCCAAUAUCAGUCUGCAAAAUCCAACAAUAAUAAGAUAAACUACAUUCAACCAGAUAAUGCAGCGCAAAGCUAUGAAUAUGUUGGUAACGUGGCCUGGAUGCAUGUGCUUGCCGCUCGUCAGAUGCAGCUGAAACCACACGUUCUUGGUGGACAGGCGUACUUUGCGUAUGAUGACACCCCGUUUAGGCGUAUAAAGGACUUUAAUCAGGAACUGUUCACUGAAUUUGACCCUGAUAUACAAAUAGGGUCGUACAUUCCGUACUGGAAGAUGUGGUUGAUUGUAUCGAUUUACAACUCAAUAGCAUUCAUUUUGAAGCCUUUUUGGAAACUGAAACCCUUCUUAACUAUACCAAUCCUGAAGUUAGUGCAAACUACAUUCUAUGCUGACACCGACAAGGCAUUCAGACACUUUGGCUACAAGCCCUAUUACAGCUGGGUGGAAAGCAAGCAGAGGACCUGCCAAUGGCUGAAACAGGCAACCGAAGACCUGAGAAAGACUAAAAAGGAUUCUUAAAGGCUGAUUCUAUUAAUGUUUAUACAAAAAUAAAGGUGCCAAAGCAACCAUAUUA